AGCAAGAUGGCAGCGCGCAAAGCGAAACGUGUGAGUUCGAGCUUUGCCAAGCAAAGUGAUGCCGAGCGCCACGAUUUGGAUAGCAAACUCGCAGCAGUACUGGGAAGUAGAACCAAUGCCAACGCGGUGUUUGAUAUUCUGGAACAUCUGGAGUCCAAAAAGGAAGAAGUCGUGCAAGCUGCUAUUCGAACAACUUCUAAACUAUUUGAAGUUUUUUUGGAAAAAAGGGAACUUUACAUAGGAGAUUUACCUGCAGAGGAUGACAGCCUUCCAGACACAUGCAGUGCAGAAGACAAGUACAAAAUGUGGAUGAGACAUCGCUAUAAUAGCUGUGUGACCUGCUUGCUGAAUCUUUUGCAACACAGCUCUUUUUCUGUCCAGGAGCUUGCCCUGUGCACACUGAUGAAGUUCAUCCAGCUGGAAGGAAAAUUCCCUUUAGAAAAUUCAGAAUGGAAAGAAAGCUACCGGUUUCCUAUAGAACUGUUAAAGUUUGUUAUAGAUAAUUUGCUGCAGGAGGAAACAGACUCUACCCUGUUGAUCACACGUUUCCAAGAAUACUUGGAAUAUGACGAUGUCCGCUACUAUACAAUGACUGCGACUAAUGACUGCAUUGCACGAGUACAGCAAAAGACCAAACAGGUCUUACCACCAGUUUUCCAAACCAAUGUGUUUUGCUUACUUUCCUCAAUUAACAUGCCAGUUGAGCAGAGUUCUUUGGAAAAUUUCCUAGUAACCAAAAAUGCAAAUCAUGAAGACUGGAAACCGACAAAAUUAAAGGAGCAUAAAAGAGUAUUUGAAAGGGUCUGGAUGAGCUUCCUGAAGCACCAACUUUCAGUCAGUCUGUACAAGAAGGUGCUUUUGAUCUUGCAUGAAAGUAUCUUGCCACAUAUGAGCAAACCAACCCUAAUGAUAGACUUCCUAACUGCUGCAUAUGAUGUUGGUGGAGCCAUCAGCCUACUAGCCCUAAAUGGGCUAUUUAUUUUGAUUCAUCAGCAUAAUCUAGAAUACCCAGAUUUUUACAAGAAGCUUUACUCUCUCUUGGAGCCCUCUAUUUUCCAUGUAAAAUAUCGUGCUCGUUUCUUCCACCUGGCCAACCUGUUCUUGUCGUCCACGUAAGUCCAAAGACUUAAACUUUUCCAUGGAUUAAGCCUUACUGUAAGGUUCCCCUGCUUAAUUUGUAUUCUUAUCACAUCUCCAAGGCAUUUACCAAUUUACCUUGUUGCUGCAUUUGCAAAGCGUCUGGCCCGGCUCACCCUGACAGCCCCUCCUCAGGUGCUUCUGAUGAUUAUCCCAUUUAUCUGUAACCUGAUCCGCAGGCACCCAGCUUGUCGUGCUCUUAUUCAUCGCCCCAACACUGGAGAUCUGGCAACUGAUCCUUAUAUCAUGGAAGAGCAAGAUCCAGCCAAGAGCCAAGCAUUGGAAAGCUCUCUGUGGGAGCUGGAGGUUCUACAGCAGCACUAUCAUGGUGAUGUUGUGAGAGCUGCCAAUGUGAUCAGCAGGGCACUCUCUGCACAAGAAAGUGAUAUAUCUGGGCUGUUAGAGAUUUCUUCCUCUGAGCUCUUUGACAAGGAGAUGAAGAAGAAGUUCAAGUCUGUUCCUUUAGAAUACGAACCAGUCCGUGGCCUACUUGGAUUAAAAUCUGAUAUUACUGCUGAACAUUUUGCAUUCUGAAUUUGAUUAGUACAUAAUAAAGAUUGACAAAAUGG